UCUACAUAUACUUGUCAGACCAUGAAAUGUACGUUGAGCUGAACUCAAUAAUCACUUACAAGUUACCAGCGAGUCGAUUGCCCAGGACUCACCGUCAAUCUAACAUCAUGCAGCUUGCAAGCCCUGACCUGGACGGGUUAUUUCCCUUUGUGACCUUCUUCCUAUCCCUAAUUCAACUGCUGGGCUCUAAUUGGAAAGCCCUUCUACUCUCUUCGUUUCUUAUCUGGUCUGUGACAGUCUUUACACGCCGCGCAAAACAGUCGAAAGAUUCUUCUUCGCUGCUGGUCGAGGGUUCUCCCUCUCCUCGAGUGCCCUUAAAUGUCAUCUUCGCAAACUCAAAAGAAAGAUCUGAUGGUGAAAGGUGCUCAAAAGCAGGAUCAUCGUGUGAAGCCACCCUACGAUGCCUUCCUUGUUUUGGACGUUGAGGCUACUUGUGAAAAGGGCACCGGCUUUGAGUGGCCUAAUGAAAUCAUAGAGUGGCCUGUUUGUCUCAUGCGCUGGAAGGAUAAAUCGGACCAAGGAAGAGCUUGCCAGCUGGAAAUUGUUGAUGAGUUUAGGAGCUUCGUCAAGCCCACAUGGAGACCUCAGCUAUCGCAAUUUUGCACAGAACUUACAGGAAUCACGCAAGUCCAAGUCAACACAGCGCCAACCUUCCAGAAUGUUCUGAAGAUGUUUGCACGUUUUCUGGCCAAUCACGGAUUAAUCGAUCCAAAGAGCGGGAGACCUGUACAACGCUUCUGUUGGUGCAGUGACGGACCUUUUGAUAUAAGGGAUUUCGUCGUGAAGCAAUGUUUUAUAUCGAAGAUGCCUAUGCCAUUGUGGCUCAAAGGGGAUAUUCUCGACGUCAGGAAAGUUGUCUCGGUUUGGGCAGUUGCGUCUAGCAACCCGGACACCACAAUCAAGCCUUCCGCACGUUCUCACAUUCGAUCAUUGAACAUACCACAGCAGUUGCAAGUCCUCGGGUUGCCAGCGUUUCAAGGCCGUUUGCACAGCGGUAUUGACGACACACGGAACAUCGCACGUGUGAUGACUGAGCUUGCUAGUCGUGGAGUCCGUUUGGAACCCAAGACAUCCAUCAAUCCGAAUCGUCGCUGGAAUUGGAUGGGAAAGUCGGGGGUGGUUCUCGAGCACACUCUAAUGUCCCAAUGAUAAAAUGUGAUUGCUGCAGGAAUGUUUGUCGCCAAUUAUUGAUUUCUAGCACAAGGAGAGUAGUGGUGUAAAGUCUGAAACACAUCUAUUUCUAAAUAAAUAUUAAAAGCGUUCAUUCACCUGCGAGCGAACUAAUAGUGCUAUUUCUGUUUGACCAAGCCGUCUGCGCCAGUAAGUACCACUCGCGGUCACAGCUAGAAAAAAAAGAACCCUGAUACGCUGGCUAACUUGGUUCCCGAAAAUACGUGAUUGUGAGAUUUCCCGGAGGCACAGAAUGAGCAGUGUGUUAGAUACACAAGGAUGAGAAACAGGGUGUGGGUGGUCUGGCGCCCGACACAUCCCACGCCCAAUGUGAGUUGGAAAAUUUA